GACGCGAACAGCUAACGGACUCUUCCAUGUCCAUAUAAGGGGUCAUGGAUAGUGGCCAGUUUCAUUUCUUAGGUCUAGGAUGGCUGCUGCUGUGGGUGUAAACAAGCAGGGGACCGCAGCAACGAUGGAUGUCUGUGUUCGGCACGUCAGGGGGGCCACAAGCAGCACCGUGAAGGUGUUGGAGUGUGGGGUGUGUGAAGAUGUCUUCUCUCUCCAGGGGGACAAGGUCCCCCGGCUGCUGCUCUGUGGUCACACAGUCUGUCAUGACUGUCUGACCCGGCUGCCCUUGCAUGGUAGAGCCAUCCGCUGCCCCUUCGACAGACAGGUCACAGAGCUGGGGGACUCUGGUGUGUGGGGUCUGAAGAAGAACUUUGCCCUGCUGGAGCUUCUGGAGAGGCUGCAGAAUGGAGCGUCCAGCCAGUUGAGCAUGGCAGAGGAUGCCCUAACAGGCAUGGGAGAGUCAAUAAUCCGCUGUGACGAGGACGAGAGCCACACGGCGUCUAUGUACUGCACGGUGUGUGCCACCCACCUGUGUGCCGACUGCUCCCAGCUCACCCACUCCACCCGCACCCUGGCCAAGCACCGGCAGGUACCCCUGGCAGACAAGCCCCACGAGAAGACACUAUGCCCGCAGCACCAGGUCCACGCCAUCGAGUUCGUCUGUCAGGAGGAGCUCUGCCAGCCUGGGCCGCUCAUGUGCUGCGUGUGCAAAGAGUACGGCAAGCACCAGGGACACAAGCAUGCAGUUCUGGAGGCAGAAGCCAAUCUGAUCCGUGCGUCUAUCCUGGACAUGGCCCACUGUAUCCGGACGUUCACAGAGGAGGUGUCGGAAUAUUCCAGGAAGCUGGUUGGGAUCGUACAGCAGAUUGAGGGAGGAGAACGGAUAGUGGAGGAUGGCAUCGGCAUGGCACACACCGAGCAUGUCCCAGGCACGGCAGAAAGCGCGCGGUCCUGCGUACGGGCCUACUUCGCCGACCUCCACGAGACGCUGUGCAGACAGGAGGAGAUGGCGCUCAGUGUAGUGGACGCACAUGUCAGGGAAAGGCUCAUUUGGCUCCGGCAACAGCAGGAAGACAUGACCAUCCUACUGUCCCAGGUCUCCACAGCCUGCCUGCACUGCGAGAAGACACUGCAGCAGGAUGACUGCAGAGUGGUCCUGGCUAAGCAGGAGAUCAACAGACUUUUGGAGACUCUGCAGAAACAGCAGCAGCAGUUCACUGAGCUGGCCGACCACAUCCAGCUUGACGCCGGUAUCCCCGUCACCUUCACCAAGACUACAUUGUUUUCUCUGUUCCAGGACAACCGGGUCCACAUCGGCCCUAAGAUGGAGAUCCGGGUGGUGACCCUGGGACUGGAUAGUGCAGGGAAAACCACCAUCCUCUUCAAGCUGAAACAGGACGAGUUUAUGCAGCCCAUCCCUACCAUAGGCUUUAAUGUGGAGACAGUGGAGUAUAAGAAUCUCAAGUUCACCAUCUGGGACGUUGGUGGGAAACAUAAGCUACGGCCUCUAUGGAAGCACUAUUACCUGAACACACAAGCGGUGGUGUUUGUGAUUGACAGCUGUCACAGGGAUAGGCUGAUGGAGGCCCACAGUGAACUGGCCAAACUUCUGACAGAGAAGGAGCUGAGAGACGCCCUGCUGCUCAUCUUCGCCAACAAACAGGAUGUCCCUGGGGCUGUGUCGGUGGAGGAGAUGACGGAGCUGCUGAGUCUCCAUAAGCUGUGCUGUGGGAGGAGCUGGCACAUCCAGGGAUGUGACGCCCGCAGUGGCAUGGGGCUCCACGAGGGCCUGGACUGGCUGUCCCGACAGCUGGUGGCUGCAGGUGUACUGGACGUGGCCUAGACCUCCCCUUGCUGCAGGUGUACUGGACGUGGCCUAGACCUCCCCUUGCUGCAGGUGUACUGGAUGUGGCCUAGACCUCCCCUUGCUGCAGGUGUACUGGACGUGGCCUAGACCUCCCCUUGCUGCAGGUGUACUGGACGUGGCCUAGACCUCCCCUGAUGACUGACUUCUGUUACCAAGUAAAACCCCUUACCAUAGAUCCAAGAACGAUCUUCUUAAACCAUCCACACCAUAAAGACCUGUCCACCAUAGACCUGCACCAGUCACAUCUACCUAAACCUUUUACCUGAUGAUUGGCUUAUGGUAGACCCAGUCCAACCCAUACCCUAAAGACCAGUCCUACCAAAGUCUCAUCCCAUACCUUUCAGUUCUACCCUACAUCCCAUACCUUUCACCCCAUACUAAGGCCCUAGCCCUACAUCCCAUACCUUUCACCCCAUACUAAGGCCCUAGCCCUACAUUUCACCCCAUACUAAGGCCCUAAUCUUUCACCCCAUACCAAGGCCCUAGUCUAAGGCCUUAGCCCUACAUCCUAUAGCUGUUCUACCCUUCUCACCCCUAACCUGCAGAUAAGCUUCUUACCCACAGCCAGUGAAUCCAUCAUUAGUCGUAAUGCUUUGUACUCUGCUCUAUCCUGGGUAUGCUAACAGGGCCAGGUUAUAGGGAUUCCCUCAAGCUUACUAAACUAACCUGCUUAUAAGACUACACAUUCCCAUACUGCCUCAAUGCAGAUCAGAUGAGAUUCAGUUCAUGGCGAAACUCCAUGUUGUAGAUUUUCUUCAUUGGUACCAAUGCACUUGACUUGUGAUGAUUUCAUGUAAUGCAGCAUCAGGUCUUGAAAUGACACCGGUAGUGGGCUGAUUUCAGCUAUUAUUGACAUUGGUUAAAUAGUGCAGUUGAGUGGGUAGGGGAUAUUGUAGUAGCUGUGGUGGGAAAUAUCUGAAGUGUUAUAUGAAUUUCGUGGAGUGUCUUGCAUGCAGAAUUCAUUGGAUGCACUUUUCUGCCGCUUCAAUACAUCUGGGUUGUGCUCAUGAGGGUGCAACGAUUGACUCAUGUUGCAGAUGUAUAGACUAGACAUGAUUCCUUCAUCUAAUUGACAGAGGAUGAUCUACACACUAUUUCUGAACGUUCCAGAAUGUUGUGCCCUACAGAGUGUGAUACUGGCUUCUUUUGAAACAAGGACCCCUGGUUUGAAUUUUUUCAUCACAACCUGUGAUGGUCUUCUAUUUUAGCCCAUCUGUCUGGAGUGCUGAUUGUUACAUUCUACAUUAAUGUUACCCACAUGUAGAUGUGAAACCUAGUCGAAACAUUAACCAAACACCUUUCAACUCCUGUUAUUGUAUGGAGGAACCAUCCUUUGGUUUGAAUUCACUUUCCUUAUUGCUAUGUAAUGUUACAAAUUCUAUGUAGAAAUAAAAUGCAUGUGUGAAGA